AUACACACUUUCAUACAAUCAGUUGUUCGUUUGUUUUAAACUUUGUGCAUGUCUUAAUCUUCAGCUUCAUGUAAGUUUCAUCAGUUGCAAUCGAUAGUUGAAAUGAUGAGGCAGCUGCUAACGCUGGUGGUGUGUGUUGCUGUGGUGAUACUACUCGAGCAAUGUGAUGCUACUCCAUCACCCAUUGUCCUCAUUCCUGGAAUAAUGGGCUCUCGGCUUGAAGUGAAGGACAACGAACCAAGAUCUCUAUGCUCCACUCGCCACAAGUACAAGAAGCUGUGGAUUAAUCCUCUUCGAAUUCUUCGUCGGAACUACUGCGCAAAAAGAGAAUUACCGUUGCUUUACGAUGCAAGUACCAACUCGUUCCAUAACAACACUAACGUCAAGAUCCAUGUUCCGGGAUUUGGCAAUACAAACGGUGUUGAAUACUUGACUACAGGCUUGUUGCCUUACUUACACGAGGCGGUGGAAUACUUUGUAGAUCGAGGCUACAAAAGAGGAAAGACAAUACGUGCUGCUCCUUAUGACUGGAGAUUGGCUGCAGAUGAGCUUGAGAAGAGAGGAUACUUCCAUCGUCUCAAGUCGAUGAUUGAAGACAUGUACGAAACCAACGGCAAUACAAAGGUGACCCUGGUCGUACACAGUAUGGGUGGUCUCGUUUCCCUGCACUUUCUGACUGGCUUCAGUGGGAUUAACCAAGCAUGGAAGGACAAGUACAUCCAUGCGUACGUUACACUGUCAGCUGCUUGGUCCGGAGGUGCUAGUGCAUUGCAAACAGUUAUAUCUGGGAUACACAAUACACAUGGUUUCUUACUAUUUGCAAAUGAUUAUAUUAGUGACUUCGUUGUUCCAAUUGUUCGUACACUAGAAAGUGUCCCUUGGCUCUUUCCGAAAACUUCUGUUUUUGGAAAUGAAGUAUUCGUUUCAACACCAUCUAAGAAUUACACGGCUAGUGACUAUGAAAAUCUCUUUGGAAACAUUGGCUACACAAAUGGCUACCUAUUCUUUCAAGGAGUGCAAGCACUUGUCACUGAUUUUCCUGCUCCGAAUGUAUCAACAUACUGUUACUAUGGCGUUGGUGUGAACACUCCAAAAAAGCUCUCGUACGAAAAAGAUUUUCGAUCUGGUGUGAACACAAUUGGUUUGACUCCCACUACUAUUUUUAGUGAUGGAGAUGGUACAGUGAACAUUGAGAGCUCAAGGGUAUGUCACGGGUGGUCAAGCAUGAAACCACAAUAUAAUUUCUCCCACAAAGCGUACAAUGAGGUUGAUCAUUUGAAUAUUAUCAAGGAUGAGCACGUUUUGAAUGACAUCGCUAGAAUAGUUGGAGCACCUCGAAAAAGGAAGAGCUUUUGGGAGAGACUUUUUGGAUAAUAGAUUUGUGGAAUUCAAAUUAGUUAUACCUAUCAUAUUAGUUUGUUAGCAUUAGAAGUUUAGAACUUAACCCAAAACGAUCAGCACGGAUGCAUAAUUAUACGAAUUGUUUAUGGCAUCAAGCAAAAAGCAUGCUUU